AGUGAAACCAAACAACUCUCUGUUGCACUGGCCUGUUACACAUGAUUUGGCCAGAGAAAAGGCAACGCUAGAAACAGGGAAAAAGUAAAAGGGAGGUUGCAAGGUAAUUAUAGGCACGAAAAGAAAUCCAGACCCCAAUGUUGUUUCUUUCUCUCUCCCCUACAGUCACAUGUCUUCUUCUUUUUUUUUGCCCAAAGUGAAAAGCUUUGCUUGAAUAUACAAAACAAACAAAGAAAAACCCAAAUCCUAAGCCAGGCCAAGCCACACUCUUUUCUCUCUUUUUUCUCUCUUCUCUUCUUAAUUUUUCUUAUCCAUCUCCUUCAAUUCCAUGACCUUAGGCCAUGAAUGAUUGAGUGAACUAGACAAAGGUUUCCUCCCUGUCUAUUGACUCUAUCCCUCUUCACCACCCAGCACACCAUACUAGUCAUAUCUCCAACCUCCAGCUCCUUUUCUAGUGUCCUUUUCUCUCCGCAUUUCCUCUCCUUGUUUGGCUAGACUCAUGAGAAUGAUGGCCAUGUGUUAACCUUUGCUCUGGUUGGUAAUGCAGUGGAAUGAGAGAUUUUAAAGUAGCCUUUUUUACUAGGAGAAUGAGGGAAAGUGAAAGAAAAUAAGCAAAACUUAAGCCACUCCUCCUGCUUUCCCAUUCAUUUUCACUCUUUUAUCUUGAAUACAUAUUUUUUUGUGCUGGGCUGCUUCAUUUGGCUAGAAAAUGAGAAAGCAUGGAUGGCAACUUCCUUAUCACCCUCUUCAGGUGGUGGCUGUUGCUGUAUUUCUGGCACUGGGGUUUGCUUUUUAUGUGUUCUUUGCUCCUUUUGUGGGGAAGAAGUUAUUUCAAUACAUAGCGAUGGGAAUCUACACUCCUCUUAUUACCUGUGCCUUUGGUCUAUAUAUUUGGUGUGCAGCUGCUGAUCCUGCGGACCCUGGAGUGUUUAGAUCCAAAAAGUAUCUCAAGAUUCCAGACAGUGAAAAGCAUAACCCACAGAAGGAUUCAAAACUCGGUGGAGGGUCAACUUCAUCAAUACAUGAUGCAAAUGCUUCUACAGUUGUAGGAAAUUCUCUGGAAAAAGAGGUGGUGGGUGCAGAAUCAACUAAGAAAGAGCCCAAGACUCAAAUUGAUAAGGUGUCAUCAGGGAAUGCAUCUUGUUUCCAGUGGGUUUUCUUUCCUUGUGCUUUUAUCUGUAAUCACUGCAGUUCGAGUGAUGAAUCUUCUGAGCUACAGAUGAGCGAAGAUGGGAUGUUCUAUUGCAGUUUGUGUGAAGUUGAGGUUUUCAAGUACAGCAAGCACUGUAGAGUAUGUGACAAAUGUGUUGAUCGUUUUGAUCAUCACUGCAGGUGGCUUAACAACUGCAUAGGCAAGAAGAACUACAGACAGUUUUUCACACUUAUGGUUUCUGCUCUCCUCCUGCUUAUUCUACAAUGGUCGACUGGAAUCCUUGUACUUAUCUGCUGUUUUCUUGAACGGAGGCGAUUCUCUGUUGAUAUCUCUGUUAAACUGGGAAGCAGUUUCUCUUUGGCACCCUUUGUUAUUGUAGUGUUGGCCUGCACCAUCUUGGCUAUGAUUGCAACCCUACCUCUUGCCCAGCUUUUCUUCUUUCAUAUCCUCCUUAUAAAAAAGGGAAUCAGCACUUAUGAUUACAUAAUAGCUCUAAGGGAGCAGGAACAAGAGCAACAAGGUGUUGAUGGUCAGCAGAGUGCGCAAAUGUCUCCAGCCAGUUCACUUACUGGAUUAAGCAGUGCAAGCUCAUUUUCUACUUUUCACCGGGGUGCUUGGUGCACACCACCUCGCCUUUUUCUGGAAGAUCAGUUUGAUGUUGUUCCUCCAGAGACUGGAUCUGUCAGCUCAUUAGGAAAGAAGACUAUUGGAGAAGAACCAAUCAAGAAAAAGAACCCGGCGGCAGUAAAGAUCAGUCCUUGGACUUUGGCCAGGUUAAACGCAGAAGAAGUUUCAAGAGCUGCAGCAGAGGCGAGAAAGAAGUCGAAAAUCCUGCAGCCUGUGACAAGAAGGGAACCCCCUUUUGGGCUAGACAUGGAUAGCAGCUUUGGCAGCAGUGGCCGUCGGAUGGUCCCAAGGACUGAUAGUAAUAGAAGGAGAGCUAGUAAGCGAAUACGCAUUCCAGCUGACCUACCCAUGGAGUCUGUAACUAAGGCUUCAGGUAUAGCUCCUGACAAGGGUUUCACGGAGACAUCAACAAGCUUGGCCCCUCUCCAGCUUGAGGCCCGUAGUGCUUUCCAAACAAGCCGAGCAAUGUCAAACUCAGUUGGGGUUGUUGCUUCUUCUCCUGAGAGCAGUUUAGACUCCCCAGAUAUCCACCCUUUCCGGGUUUCCUCAUCCGGAGAGUCGAGACGUCUCAUGGGUCUAUCAGUGGGUGGUCCUGUUUCUCACAAUUUAUUUCCACUUUCAAGGUCUACCAGUGAUGGCUAUGAAGCUUCUGGCGGGGAAGAUAGUGACAGGGUUUCUUCCAGGAUUGCUCAAAGGUCUAAUAACUGGAGUAACCUUCUCUUCCGUGCUGAUCAGGAUGAGAGUGUCUUUAGAUUGAAAGCAUCAUCUUCAUCCAGCCAGGCACAAUAGAAAACCUUGACAAUGACUCAUUGAAGUUGGGUUUCGCUUUGGUUUCUCCGUGGGGAAAAGUUGAGCAUUCUUUCAUUUUUGGGCCAAGAAAUAACUGGCCACUUACUUCGCCUAUUGACUUUGUAUUUUGCUAUGGAUUCUGGAUUCAAGGCCCCAGGAGAAGACAUGACACUGAUGCAAAAAGGUCGUUGAACUUUCUUGUUUCUCUUAGCCACACUGAAGCUUCAUGCACUCUCAUGGCAACGGUCGGUCCCUGGCUGUUGCAUUUGGUACCAAAACUUCGAUCUUGUAUUGUUUAUAAUACUUGAUUUGUAUUCUAUUGGAAGGGUUUGUUGGAAAUGGACUCUCAUGGAUGGUUUCUAUUUAAGAUUUUACUUUUAACA